AGAGCGAGCCAUGGGGGAGCAGGACGAGGCGGCUGGGGGGCUGCCGGGCUUCUCCCUGGACAAGGACUUCCUGCGCUCCCCCAAGGGGGUGCUGAUGGAGGCCGAGCUGGGCCUCUGUUUCCUGGUGUUCCUGCUGCUGACGGCGUCCAUUUCGGCCUACAUGGGUGCCGCCCUCCUGGAAGUGUUGGUGACGCUGGCGUUCCUGGUGCUGCGAGCGACGCACUACUACGAGCACCUGACCCGCGUCAACUGGCCCUGCCUGGACUUCCUUCGCUGCGUCAGCGCUGCGAUUGUCUUCGUCGUGGUGGCCUUUGCGGUGAUCGCUGCCAGUCAUGAGGGGUCUGCUGUCUCUGCCUUCGUCUUCAGCCUGAUCCUCGUAGCUGUUUUCUGUUUCGACGCCUACAAAACCUACAGGGCAGAAAUGGGAUCGGAGCAGGACCCAGAUCUCGGCUGAGAAAAUCGGUACCCC